AUGUCCACCGAUUCUAUUGUCAAGGCUUCUAACUGGAGAUUGGUUGAAGUUGGCCGUGUUGUCUUAGUCCAAAAGGGCCAAUCCGCUGGAAAGUUGGCUGCAAUUUCCGAAAUCAUCGACCAAAAGAAGGUUUUGAUUGAUGGUCCAGAAACCGGUGUCCCACGUCAAGCUAUUAACUUGGGUCAAGUUGUUUUGACUCCAUUGUCUUUCAGUCUACCAAGAGGUGCUAGAACUUCUACCAUUUCCAAGAAAUGGACUGCUUCUGGUGUCACCGAAAAAUGGAAUGCCACUUCAUGGGCUAAGAAGAUCGCACAACGUGAAAGACGUUCUACUUUGUCUGACUUUGAAAGAUUCCAAGUUAUGGUUCUAAGAAAGCAAAAGAGAUACGCUGUUAAGAAAGCUGUUGCUAAGGCUUAA